CCAGUAACUACAAGAAGCUUUUCUGGUUAGUGCCAGUCUCUAUGUCUAUGUGGAGAACCAGAAAAUCCGGGACAAGACCAACGCUUCUAAGAUCGAUGCCCUAGUUCAUGUAAAAGUGCGCCCAGCAGCUGAAAAAAGAAGCAGUAAGUGCAGAGAAAUUCAUGAAGUACAUCGAGAGGUACUUCAAUCUCAUGAAGGGACUUGAGAGCGAAGUUUCCACCGACUCCAGCGAAAGAAAGAAGCUUAAGGGCGUAAAGCAAAAAGAGAAUGCUUCGUCUGUAGCUCAGAAAAUUCCAGCCGUCCAGCAGACUUCUCCAGUUCAAAAAGAGAAGGCUUCGUCUGUAGCUCAGAAAAUUCCCGCCGUCCAGCAGACUUCUUCGGUUGUUCAGGAAAUGUCUUCUGUCGAGAAGACUGCUCCAGUUCAAGAGGAAAUGCCUGCCAUCCAGCAGACUUCUCCAGUUCAAGAAGCCAAGCAGACUUCUCCAGUUCAAGAGGAAAUGCCCGCUGCCAAGCAGACUUCUCCAGUUGAUCAGGAAAUGCCCGCUGUCAAGCAGACUUCUCCAGUUCAAGAGGAAAUGCCCGCUGCCAAGCAGACUUCUCCAGUUCAAGAGGAAAUGCCCGCUGCCAAGCAGACUUCUCCAGUUCAAGAGGAAAUGCCCGCUGCCAAGCAGACUUCUCCAGUUGAUCAGGAAAUUCCCGCUGCCAAGCAGACUUCUCCAGUUGAUCAGGAAAUUCCCGCUGCCAAGCAGACUUCUCCAGUUCAAGAGGAAAUGCCCGCUGCCAAGCAGACUUCUCCAGUUCAGGAGGAAAUUCCCACUGCCAAGCAGACUUCUCCAGUUGAUCAGGAAAUUCCCGCUGCCAAGCAGACUUCUCCAGUUGAUCAGGAAAUGCCCGCUGCCAAGCAGGCUUCUCCAGUUCAGGAGGAAAUUCCCGCUGCCAAGCAGACUUCUCCAGUUGAUCAGGAAAUGCCCGCUGCCAAGCAGACUUCUCCAGUUGAUCAGGAAAUUCCCGCUGCCAAGCAGACUUCUCCAGUUCAAGAGGAAAUUCCCGCUGCCAAGCAGACUUCUCCAGCUCAAGAGGAAAUUCCCACUGCCAAGCAGACUUCUCCAGUUCAAGAGGAAAUUCCCGCUGCCAAGCAGACUUCUCCAGUUCAGGAGGAAAUUCCCGCUGCCAAGCAGACUUCUCCAGUUCAAGAGGAAAUUCCCUCUGCCAAGCAGACUUCUCCAGUUCAGGAGGAAAUGCCCGCUGCCAAGCAGACUUCUCCAGUUGAUCAGGAAAUUCCCGCUGCCAAGCAGACUUCUCCAGUUGAUCAGGAAAUUCCCGCUGCCAAGCAGACUUCUCCAGUUCAAGAGGAAAUUCCCGCUGCCAAGCAGACUUCUCCAGUUGAUCAGGAAAUGCCCGCUGCCAAGCAGACUUCUCCAGUUCAGGAGGAAAUUCCCGCUGCCAAGCAGACUUCUCCAGUUCAAGAGGAAAUUCCCGCUGCCAAGCAGACGUCUCCAGUUGAUCAGGAAAUUCCCACUGCCAAGCAGACUUCUCCAGUUGAUCAGGAAAUUCCCGCUGCCAAGCAGACUUCUCCAGUUCAGGAGGAAAUUCCCGCUGCCAAGCAGACUUCUCCAGUUGAUCAGGAAAUUCCCGCUGCCAAGCAGACUUCUCUAGUUCAAGAGGAAAUUCCCGCUGCCAAGCAGACUUCUCCAGUUGAUCAGGAAAUUCCCGCUGCCAAGCAGACUUCUCCAGUUGAUCAGGAAAUUCCCGCUGCCAAGCAGACUUCUCCAGUUGAUCAGGAAAUUCCCGCUGCCAAGCAGACUUCUCCAGUUGAUCAGGAAAUUCCCGCUGCCAAGCAGACUUCUCCAGUUGAUCAGGAAAUGCCCGCUGCCAAGCAGGCUUCUCCAGUUGAUCAGGAAAUGCCCGCUGCCAAGCAGACUUCUCCAGUUGAUCAGGAAAUGCCCGCUGCCAAGCAGACUUCUCCAGUUGAUCAGGAAAUUCCCGCUGCCAAGCAGACUUCUCCAGUUCAAGCAGGAAAUGCCCGCUGCCAAGCAGACUUCUCCAGUUCAAGAGGAAAUGCCCGCUGCCAAGCAGACUUCUCCAGUCCAGCAGAUGGCUCCUCCUGCCAAUCCCCGCGACGCAAAGGAGCAAAAGAAGGCCGAGCAGCAGCGCCUGAAGGAGGAAAAGGCUGCCAAGGCCAAGAGGGAAAAGGAGGAGAAGGAAGAAAUGAAACGUCGCCAGCAAGAGGAAAAGAAGCAGCAGCUCCAGCGCCAGAAGGAGGAAAAGGAAGAAAAGGCGAAGUUGGAAAAGGAAAAGAAAGAGGAAGCGAAGAGGGAACAGGAACGCCUUAA